CACAAAGAUAAUCGAGAUCUACAACGUGCAUCAGCUUUUUUUUCAUUCGAGAAAUUUCUCUUCCCUUCACAGUACUUUCGUUUUCAGCUAAACACAUUAUAUUGUAUAGAAAAUGUCUGGAAAUCUAGUACUAAACGAGUUGCAAAGCGACUUAAAAGAACUUGAAUCGAUACUAACGUCUGUAGUAAGAAGCAAUGUGAGAGGUAUUAUAGCCAAUGAAAUAACAUUGCUGCGUGGAAAAAUCGAGCUGUUGGAACAGGAAGAAGAAAAACUGAAUAAAACUUCCAAAAGUGAUGAAGACAGUGAAAAAAUUACUUCAAAGCCAACAUUAUACACAGCUAAAAUUUCAACAUAUGGAUGGGAUGAAAGCUCCAAAUUUGUUAAAUUGUAUGUUUCUCUAAAAGACAUCGACAAACUUACGGCCGAACAAAUCGCAUGUGAAUUCUCAGAUUCUUCAUUUAAAUUCACUGCACAUAACCACGCUGGUAAAAACCACAUGUUGCAAAUUCUCAGAUUAGCACAUAAAAUUAAACCAGAGGAUUCUUGGUGCAAGAUUAAAGCUGGGAACAUUGUUAUUGCUCUAAGAAAGGCUAAAGAUUCUGAGACUUGGGGUAAUGUAACAGAGGCUGAGCGAAAGGAAAAAGAAGCAAAGGAUGCCAAAUACAGCGACAACAAAGACAAUAGCGAUAGCGAUCCUUCAUCUGGCAUAAUGAAUUUAAUGAAGAAAAUGUACGAUGAGGGUGACGACGAUAUGAAACGAAUGAUAAAAAAGACAUGGUAUGAAACACAACAAAAACAAACCUCCGGGGAGAUGCCUAGCAUGCCGUCGUUAUAAUAUAACACUUGGUAUUGAAAAUAACAAAACCACGCAACCUUAUCCAAGCUGAACCAAUUUUAUCAUGAGUAAACUGCUGUAAAAUUUUUGAAAUACAUUUUGUUUAUAAA